AUGUCUGGAGUCGCUGACGCGAGCACGGCGACCACUUCCGCCGCCGCCGCCUCGUCCUCCUCCUCCACUGCACACGCACUCGCACAGUCAGCCAGCUCGUCUGCUGUCCCGGCGUCCACCUCCCAUACACCGAACAAUGGUGACGACGAAGACGACGAUGAGGAUGAAGACGAUGAUGACGACGACGACGACGACGCCUCGGCUCAGGCGGCGGGCUUAAACGCCAAGCAGCGCAAGAAGAAAAAGGCCAAAGCGGCGGCCAAGCUGCGCAAGAAGCUCGGCCUGGGCUCGUCGUCCAAGGGGCCAGCCGCCAAUUCGGACGAGAAGCUGCUGGCGUCCGGCAGCUCGCGCGACGGCAAGAUCUCGGACGAGGUGGUGAGCCAGGUGCAACAGGCCGUGCACCAGGAACACGGCUCUGCCGCCGCCAACGCCGUGACCAAGGCGAACCUGGCCAAGGUGAUGGCCAUGAUGAACCUCGAGCGCGAUGCCAUGCUCAAGUCGCAGGAGAGCAAGCAAAAGACGCAAAAGGCGAUCGCCGACCACAAGUUCUGGAAGACGCAGCCGGUGAUGAAGCCCACGGACGCGCCCGUCGUCGCGCCCGCCGAGGAAGGCAGCAUCGAGCCGAGCGUGGCGCCCGACCAGGUGCGCCAGCAGCCCUACCCGCUGCCCGCCGACUUUGCGUGGGUGCAGAUCGAUGUGGACGACCCCGCCGAGCUCAAGGAGGUGUACGACCUGCUCUCGGCCAACUACGUCGAGGACGACGAUGCGACGUUCCGCUUCGACUACAGCCCCGAGUUCCUGCACUGGGUGCUCAAGCAUCCGGGCUACCACAAGACGUGGCACAUUGGCGUGCGCGUCGUGUCGACCAACAAGCUGGUGGCGUUCAUCUCGGGCAUCCCGCACGAGCUGCGCGUGCGCGACAAGGCGUACCAGUCGACCGAGAUCAACUUUCUGUGCGUGCACAAGAAGCUGCGCUCAAAGCGGCUUGCGCCCGUGCUGAUCAAGGAGGUCACGCGACAGUGCCACCUCACCGGCGUGUUUCAUGCGAUCUACACGGUCGGGUCGGUGCUGCCGACGCCCGUGAGCUGCGCGCGCUACUACCACCGCACGCUCAACGCGCGCAAGCUCGCCGAGAUCGGAUUCAGCGCCGUGCCGCACAACAUGUCGAUGGACGCGCAUGUGAGGCGAUUCGAGCUGCCUGCCAAGGUGACGCUGCCCGGGCUGAGGGAGAUGGAGAAGCGCGAUGUGCCGGCGGUCGGCAGGCUGCUGCGCAGGUACAUGCGCAGGUUCGACAUGGCACCGCGCUUUUCCGACCACGAGGUGGAGCACAUCCUGCUGAGUGGGCGCGGGGUUUCGGGCACCACCACACCCAACGGCGGACGUCAGGGUCAAGUCACCUGGACGUACGUCGUCGAGACACCGCACGGCACCAUCAGCGACAUGUUUGCCUUCUACUCGCUGCCCUCGAGCAUCCUCGAUGACGAAAAGCACAAGACGCUCAAUGCCGCCUACCUCUUCUACUACGCCACCGACGUUGCCUUUGGCUCGCAGCCGGACUCGGCGACUUCGUCGAGCUCGCAGCCCACCUCGGAACGCGCACAGGCGCUGGUGGCCGGUCGGGCACCCUGGCAGUGCAACUCCCUCACCAACCUUACCUCCGCUGAGCUUGCCGACGAAGCGGGUGUGAUCGCGUGGGAUGCCGAAUCGACAUCGGUCAAGGCGGCGUUGAAGGCGCGACUCAACGAGCUGGUCAAUACGCUGCUGGUGCUCGCGCGCGACUUUGGCUUCGACGUGGUCAACUGCGUCACCGUCAUGGACAAUCCGCUCUUCCUGGCCGAGCAAAAGUUCGGACCGGGCGAUGGAUUCCUGCGCUUCUACCUGUUCAACUGGCGCACCAAGCCGAUUGCCGGUGGCAUGGGCGCCAGGCCGGGCGAGCAGGAGCUGGACCCCGUACAGGCGUAUGCAAAGUCGCUCGCCAAACGCGCCGCCACCGCCGACCCAUCCGCCAAGUCGAUCGCCGAAACGAUCGUUCGAAACGCUGCCAGAUUGCCCACCGAGAUCGGAUCUGGAAACGGCAUCGUGAUGGUCUAA